UGCUUGUACGGCGCUAAACGAAAACUUGAAGAAUCAUGCCACCGAAAGCGAGUGGUAAAGCUGUGAAGAAGGCCGGAAAGGCUCAGAAGAACAUCAGCAAAACCGAUAAGAAGAAGAAAAGGAAGAGGAAGGAGAGCUAUGCCAUUUACAUCUAUAAAGUACUGAAGCAAGUUCAUCCUGACACUGGAAUCUCGAGCAAAGCUAUGAGUAUAAUGAACUCAUUUGUCAACGAUGUUUUCGAGCGUAUCGCUGCUGAAGCAUCGCGUUUGGCACAUUACAACAAACGCUCGACGAUCACCUCUCGGGAGAUCCAAACUGCUGUUAGACUUUUGCUGCCUGGAGAACUGGCGAAGCACGCUGUGAGUGAAGGCACCAAGGCUGUCACCAAAUACACCAGCUCGAAGUAA